CGCGGGGCGGGGCCAGGCCUGGCUGCGGCAGGAGGGACCGGGCCGAGCCGAGCCGGGCCGGGCCAGGCAGGAUGAGCUCCCCCGCGGACACCCCGCACCAGCUGCUGGGCCGGAUCCGCUGCCUGGCCGAGUGCGUGGGCUGCUUCGGCCGCGCCCGGCCCCUGCCCGCCGCGCUCUGCUACGUGCCGCGCCGGGUGUGCUACAAGCUGUGCCGGGACCCCGCCGCCGCCGCCGGCUCGGGCCGCUCCCUGCUCAGCGUCAGCGAGAGCCCGGCCCGCGGCAGCAAGAAGGUCGCCAUCGAGCUGCGCAAGGGCACGUGCGUGCGGGCCACCGGCGAGGAGUAUUGCAACAGCCAGGGGCUGUGGGUGAAGCUGAGCCAGGAGCAGCUGGAGGAGUACAAAGGCAGCUGUGAGCUGGAGGAAGGCUGGAUCCUGGUGUGCAAACAUGCCGAGGGAGGGGACCGGCUGGUCCCGGUCGAGUCCACCGACAGAAUCCAGAGGCAGCAGCAGCUGUUCGGGGUCGAUUAUAAACCCGUGAUCAGGUGGGAGCAGGUGGUGGAUCUGACGUACUCCCUGCGGCUCGGCGCCAAACCCAGAACCAUGGAGCAGGACGAGGCGGCGGUGCAGAAGCUCCGGUUCGUGCCCCCGACAUGGAGUUACGAGUGCGACGAGGACCUGGUGCAUUUCUUGUACGAUCACCUGGGGAAGGAGGACGAGAACCUGGGCAGCGUGAAGCAGUAUGUGGAGAGCAUCGACGUCUCGUCCUACACGGAAGACUUCAACGUGUCGUGUCUGACGGACGGCAACGCGGACACCUACUGGGAGAGCGACGGCUCCCAGGGCCAGCACUGGGUGCGGCUCACCAUGAAGAAAGGCACCAUCGUCAGGAAGCUCUUGCUGACAGUGGAUGCAACGGACGAGAACUUCAUGCCCAAGAGGAUCGCGGUGUACGGUGGGGAGGGCGACAGUCUGAAGAAGCUGAGCGACGUGGGCAUCGAUGAGAGCUACAUCGGGGACGUGUGUGUGCUUGAAGACAUGACAACGCACCUGCCCAUCAUCGAGAUCCGCAUCGUGGAGUGCAGAGAUGAGGGGAUCGACGUCCGCCUCCGAGGGAUCAAGAUCAAGUCGUCCCGGCAGCGGGAGCUGGGGCUGAGCGCGGACGUGUUCCAGCAGGCCAGCCUGGUGCGCUACCCCCGCCUGGAAGGGACGGACCCCGACCUGCUGUACCGGCGGGCCAUGGUCAUUCAGAGGUUUAUCAAGCUCCUGGACAGCGUCCUGCACCACCUCGUCCCGGCCUGGGACCACACGGUCGGCACCUUCAGCUGGCUCAAGCACAUCAAGCAGUUCCUGCCGCUCUCCAAGCGGCGCAAGGCGCUGAUCGCCCAGUGUCUCAAGGACUCGGAGACCAGCAAGCCCAACUUCAUGCCGCGGCUCUACAUCAACCGGCGCCUGGCCAUGGAGCACCGCGACAACCCCGCCCUGGACCCCGGCUGCAAGAACGCCGUCUUCACCCAGGUGCACGAGGGCCUUAAACCUUCCGACAAGUACGAGAAGCCCCUGGAUUACAGGUGGCCGCUGCGCUACGACCAGUGGUGGGAGUGUAAGUUCAUCGCCGAGGGCAUCAUCGAUCAAGGAGGCGGGUUCCGGGACAGCCUGGCGGACAUGUCUGAGGAGCUGUGUCCUAGCUCGGCAGAGAGCCCCGUGCCGCUGCCUUUCUUCGUCCGCACGUCCAACCAGGGUAACGGCACUGGGGAGGCCAGGGACAUGUACGUCCCGAACCCGGCCUGCAAGGAGUUUGCCAAGUACGAGUGGAUCGGUCAGAUCAUGGGCGCGGCUCUGAGAGGCAAGGAGUUCCUGGUCCUGGCUCUGCCUGGCUUCGUGUGGAAACAGCUGACCGGGGAGGAGGUCAGCUGGAGCAAGGACUUCCCGGCCGUGGACUCCGUGCUGGUGAAGCUCCUGGAGGUGAUGGAGGUGAUGGACAAGGAGACCUUCGAGUUCAAGUUUGGGCAGGAGCUGACCUACACCACGGUGCUCAGCGACCAGCAAAUGGUGGAGCUGAUCCCAAACGGCGGCAGAACCGUGGUGCGCUACGAGGACCGCAAGGAAUUCAUCCGCCUGGUGCAGAAGGCCAGGCUGGAGGAGAGCAAGGAGCAGAUCGCUGCCAUGCAGGCCGGCUUGCUCAAGGUGGUCCCCCAGGCUGUCCUCGACCUGCUCACCUGGCAGGAGCUGGAGAAGAAGGUGUGCGGGGACCCCGAGGUGACGGUGGAUGCCCUGAAGAAGCUCACUCGGUUUGAGGAUUUACUGCCGUCGGACACCAGGGUCCAGUACUUCUGGGAGGCACUCGGCAACUUCACCAACGAGGAUCGCAGCCGUUUCCUGAGGUUUGUCAGUGGCCGGAGCCGCCUCCCAGCUCGGAUCUGCAUCUACCCGGACAAGCUGGGCUCUGAGACGACGGACGCGCUGCCCGAAUCCUCCACCUGCUCCAGCUCCCUCUACCUCCCCAACUAUGCCACCGCCAAGGUGUGUGAGGAGAAGCUGCGGUACGCAGCCUACAACUGCGUGGCCAUUGACACGGACAUGAGCCCAUGGGAGGAGUGACGCCGCCGUGGGGCCAUGCUGGCCCCUUGCCCCUCCCCCUCCCCUUCCCCCUCCCCCAGUCACACCUGGCCCCCUUCCCUCGCCCCCGAAAAACCUGUGUAUUCAAUAAACACCCAGGUCUCGGCCUGGCUCCCCGGGGCGCGGGCCAGAACCAGCGGGGGUCUCCGGGUCCUUGGCUUUCAAAGCGGCAGAGACAGACCUGAGCUGGAGCCCGACCGAAUGCAGGAAUGGAGCCUGUCCCGGCUAACAGCGACUAGCUGGGAGCCCCUGGGCAUGUGCUGCAAGCUUAGACCUUUCGCUCACAAGGCCAGUUGCUCCACCCACCCCUGCAAUGCAGCCACCUCUGGGGUGGAGCCUGGCAGCUCUGUCGCAGCCGCCCAGCACCACCGCUGCCUGGUUUAGGACAGGAAGUGAAGGAGUGUCUGCCGCAGAACCAAAACAACAGGAGGAUCCAGGCAGGCUCCAAGUGCCAAGAUCCAAUCAUCCACCCCCCGCACGCACCCCACCCGGCUCAGCGAGAACAGCGGGUGAUUGGAGCCAGCGGCUCUUCCCAGAUGGGCUGCCCUGGAAUCUGCGCAGCCCGUUUGUUUCCCAGGCUCCAUCCUGCCGCAGCUCAUGGUGGGGUGAGGAUCGCCCCCCAGGGCCACUGGCCCUGGCCCCCAGCUCAGCUGCACCUCACAGCAGGGAGUCAUGGGGUGCAGUUCCCAUGGAGGGUGGCUCUCUCCUCACCCUCCUCCUCCUCCAUGGGGCCCCCAGGCCUCCUAACCCCCCGUCCCACCCCCUCCCCAGUUUAACAACCUGCCAGUCCUGAAGUGCACCCUGUGGCCACCAGGUGUCACUUUAGGCACAUGCCGAAGUCCCGGGGGGGCGGGGGGGUGUCAGAUCCACUCCCUGGCCGGGAAGCAGUGACCAGGCCUGAGCUGCAGGCGAGGCCUCUGUGGGACUGUCUCGGAAGGUGUCCUCCCCCCUCUGCCCGGGGGGGCCACUGUGCCAUCGGCUGCUCCCCCCCUCCUCCGGGGAGUGCGAGUCCUGGAGCCCCUCGAGCCAGCACCACCCUGGGGCCCCCGUCCCUCGUGCUCUGCUGCGUCUUUCCUUGGCUCUGCCCUGGUUUCCUCUUCUAAUGGGGCUGGUGCCGGGGAGCUGGGUCCAGGCCUGUGUGGGGCACUCGGCGCUCUUGAGGCUGGGGUGGCACAGGGUACCCCACCCACUGCCAGGCCACCUCGGGGUGCUGUCUCCAUGCCCCCAGCACUGGGCAUGGCUGGCCCGGAGGAGCAUGGCACAUCCCAGGUGCCCUGCGAGUGCCCACCCCCUCGCUCGCCCCAGGGCGCAGCCUCCUCGCAGUCCUGGCCUGGCAGACCCUCGCUGUGCCUGGAAGGGGCCCAUGGGACCGCGGCCUGGGGAGCUGCCCUCACCCCCUGGGGAAGAAGGGGCAGGCGCUGCUGGAUCUUUAACAAGGAAAUC